AUGUCCGACAUUCACGAUGUGAGCCCCGUCGCGGAGGUCCUGGGACAAGCUCUCUAUCAUUUCGACCGCAUGAGACCGCUUCUUCCCACAUAUGGCCACCUCGUUGUUUCCGCUCUUUUCCCCAUCUGGAUUGGCGCGCACGCUUCUCUAUCACGACCUUCCUCCGCCGCAAAACCUCCCAAGAAAGACGAAGACAAAGAAGAUGACACCGACGAUGAAGAUGAUGAAGAUCAGGGCACAGUCCAAAAAAUGGAAGGCCUGGAGCCAUCGGAUGCCUUGAUGUUUCCUUUGACUGCGGGACUCACUCUUGGUGGCUUGUACUUGGUGAUCAAAUGGCUGGAAGACCCCGCCAUCUUGAACAAGAUUCUCAGCUUCUACUUCUCCCAAAUGGGUCUCUUCUUUGCUGUUGCCUUUUUGAAAGAUAUUCUGUUGAUCUUUCGAUCAAUCGUCUUUCCGAGAUACUAUCGUUCUGGUGGAAAGCUCUGGCAGGUUAACCAAUCUAAGCGCGUUUUCCAAGCCGAUGAUCAAGUUCGACACUCCCCACUUCCUGGUGUCUUGGGAAUGAUCCCACUACCAGGAAAGGCUCUGGCCUUACUUUGGGCCACUCGGAAUGUCUCCUACCAGCGACUCAAGAUGCGCCUGCUUGUUCGAGGGAUCAUUGACGGCAAGGGUCUUGUUGGCCUUCUCGAUCUGUUCAGUGGCAUCUUUGCUCUGGGUGCCGUGGGGUACUUUGCAUUCAUUACAAAGCCAUGGUGGUUGACCAAUUUCCUUGGGUUCAGUUUCAGCUACGGCGCUCUGCAAUUCAUGUCUCCGUCCACGUUUUGGACUGGUUCUCUGAUUCUCGGAUCCUUGUUUUUCUACGACAUAUACUUUGUCUUUUUUACACCUUUGAUGGUUACGGUCGCUACUAAGUUGGAUGUCCCUAUCAAGCUGUUGUUCCCUCGACCGGCAGGACCGAAUGAUGACCCCGCUGUUCAAGCCCUGGCAAUGCUGGGACUUGGAGACAUUGUCAUCCCUGGAAUGAUGGUAGGAUUGGCCUUGCGGUUCGAUCUUUUCCUCUACUAUCACAAGAAGGGUGUUCAAAAGGCACAAGCCGAAGAGAGCGAGUCGAUUGUGAAACCUCAAUACCAAGCCGCAACUGGUUCAUGGGGUGAACGCUUUUGGGCACCGACGAUCGCACCGCGAGAGCCCGAACUUCAACCUCCCUAUCAUGAUGCUCGAUCUUUCCCCAAACCGUAUUUCAAAGCCAGCGUUAUCGGAUACGUACUUGGAAUGAUCACCACUUUGCUAGCCAUGCAGUAUUCCAAUCAUGCCCAACCAGCUCUCCUCUACCUGGUCCCUGGUGUUCUGAUUUCUCUGUGGAGCACUGCGUUCUUCAGAGGUGAAAUUCGUGAUAUGUGGGAGUUCUCUGACGGGGAAGAAGUGGACGAAGAAAAGGAAACAGAUGGAGAAUCUACCGGGGAUGCGAAGACGGAGAAGGAUGAAUCGACUCCUGAACAUAAGAGUCUGUUCAGUCGAAUUCUGUCCGGGGAUCUGAAAGCACUGACUGUAAGAAAGAAAAAGGAGGAAGAGAACUUGGAUCUGGUGUCGUUUUCAAUAUCCUUCCCGCGCAAAUCUGCUGCCAAGGACGACUCUUCAAAUGACAACUCCAAGUCCGAGGAUAGUAUGGUCUUCAUUCCAAGGGUUGAUCAAUGGGAUGAGGAGCCGCCGACCAAAAGAAGGCGAGGAACGCCUCGAAAGCAUUAA